AUGGGCGGGGGCAGGGAUCACGUGGAAAAGCCGGGCGGAAACGUGGAUUCUCAGCUUCUGCCCUUUGGCCGGCCUUCUACCCUGGACGUGGAACUGCCUGCGCGGGAUGUGGCCUCCGAGCGGAACUCGCUCCGGGCAGUUAAGCGUUAUUCAGAUCCAGCAGCACUGACGUUCUGUUUCCGGUUCUUGGAGGACUCGGUGGUCUUUGAGGACGUGGCUGUGAACUUCACCGUGGAGGAGUGGGCUUUGCUGGACCCGGCUCAGAGGAAGCUCUACAGAGAUGUGAUGCUGGAGACCUUCAGGAACCUGGCCUCCGUGGGUUCUUGCCCUCAAGUUAAAACCAGUGGAUCAAGUCCUCAAUGGGAUAUUUUGGAGAAUGAACUAUGCAGUGAAAAGAAAAUAGUAAGAUGCACAAGAAAUGAUUCCUGUUCUGUUUUUGGAGAAAACUGGAUAUUUCAUAACAUCCGAGGUCACCAAACUCAGGAGAGGGAUUUCAGAAAUGGUUUGGUGGAGCAUCUCUGCAAAGGUAAUGAAGGUCAUCAAUAUGGAGAAACCCUGAACCAGAUUACACAUCAUACUGUGCAUAAGGGUUAUCUGACUGGAAUUCAGCCCUAUAAAUGCACUAAGUGUGGAAAAGUCUUCAGGGAUUGUUCUUUCCAGAAGAAUCAGCAAAGAUCUCACCCUGGACACAAACCUUAUCCAUGUGAAGAAUGUGGGGAAGCCUGCAGCUGUGUCUUGUGCCUAAAUCCUCCUGGGGAAACAUACAUUGUAGAGAAACCCGAAAAACAUCAGGAUGCUGGGAGAGCAUCUAAGAGAUAUGUGAAGAGUGGCAGUAGUAAACAGUCUUUAGAGUGUAAGAAGUCUGGAAAAGCUCUCACUUGUUCCUCAUCCUUUAAGGGACGUGAGAGAGGUCACCAUCGACAGAAAAUCCAUGUGUGUAAAGUAUGUGGGAAAUCCUUUAUGUAUUAUUCCUACCUUGCACGGCAUGUGAGAACUCACACUGGAGAGAAGCCCUAUGAAUGUAAGGAAUGUGAGAAAACCUUCCGAUAUUCUGCAUCCCUGGGAGGACAUGUGACAAUGCACACUGGAGAGAAACCUUACAUGUGUAAGGAAUGUGGGAAAACCUUCAGUUGUCCCAAGUACUUCAGAAGACACGUGAAAACACACAGUGGCAUGAAACCCUAUGAAUGUAUGGAAUGCGGCAAAGCCUACAGUUGCUCCUCAUCCCUUCGAGAACACACACGAACACACAGCGAAGAGAAACCCUAUGAAUGUCAGCACUGUGGGAAAGCCUUCAGGCAUCAGCGAUAUUUUAAAAAGCAUGUGAGAAUGCACAGCGGAGUGAAACCCUAUGAAUGUAUGGAAUGCGGGAAAGCCUACAGUUGUUCCACAUCCCUCCGGGAGCAUGAGAGAACGCACACUGGGGAGAGGCCCUUCGAAUGCCAGCACUGCAGGAAAGCCUUCACUCGCCAUGCCUCCCUUCGAGGACACAUGAGAACGCACAGUGGGGAGAGAGCCUACAGAUGUACACAGUGUGGGAAAGCUUUCUGUUGGCCCUCGUCCUUACGAAAGCACGUAAGAAUGCACAGUGAGGAGAAGCCCUAUGAAUGUCAGCAAUGUGGCAAAGCCUUUUGGUACCCCGCAAACCUGCGAGGACACAUGAGGAUACACGCUGGGGAGAAACUCUGA